CAGCUUAUGGCGUGAUCCGAUGCGCCGAUCCGCGCCCAAUAUAACAUAUUUUCCCGAGGUACAGCGCUCUUUCUACACUCUAUGCUCCUUUUAUUCAUACGCUAGAUCUUCGAAGGCAGUUAAUUCGCGACGUGAAAGACUUCCAGGGAUUCUGCACCGCCAUAAUGUCGUUCUCCAGCAUCCCGAUCCUGGAUCUCUCGCUGGCGCGGGACCCGGCCACGAAACCGCAAUUCCUCGUCGAUCUCCGCCAUGCGCUGCUCGAGGUCGGCUUCUUGUACAUCAAAAACACGGGGAUCCCGCCCGCCCUGAUCGACGAGGUCAUGACGCUGGGCAAGUCCUUCUUCGACCUCCCCGAGGAGAAGAAGCUGGAGAUCGAGAUGAAGAACGCACCCUCGUUUCUCGGCUACAACAAGCUCGGCAUGGAGAUCACGCGCUUCAAGACCGACUGGCGCGAGCAGAUCGACUUGUCGACGCCGCACCCGGUCCCAGGCCCCGAUGAUCCCUUAUACAGGAACUUGUUGGCGCCCAACCAGUGGCCUGAUCCCAGCGCCUUGCCGCGGUUCAGGGAAGUGUACGAGGACUACAUGGCGCGCAUGGGCGAUAUGAGCAUGGAAUUCACCAGUCUGAUAGCCGAAGCCAUCGGUCUGCCGUCAGACGCGUUUGCGCAGUUCUUCGACGAAGCACAGCAGCAUAAAUUGAAGAUCGUCAAGUAUCCCGAUUUAGCGGAGCUGGGCGUCGAAGGGGAAGCGCAAGGCGUGGGACCCCACAAGGAUAGCAUGCUCACGAGUUACCUCCUACAAGCGAGUCAUCACCGGGGACUGCAGGUACAGAAUGCCGAAGGGCAGUGGGUGGAUUGUCCGCCCAUUGAUGGGACGUUUGUGGUUGCGAUCGGACAGGGGAUGGAAGCGCUGACACAGGGCGUGUGUCAGUCGACGACACAUAGAGUGCAGAGUCCGCCCCGAGGUUCCGGCGCGCGGUACAGUAUCCCAUUCUUCCAGGGCGUCAGUUACGACGCAACGUUCGAGAGCAUGGACGUGCCAGACUCGGUGAAACAGCUGAGAGCAGACAUUCUGGCGAAGAGGGGCGGGCAGAGGCUGGACGAUAUCGAGUUUACAUUUAUCAAGGGCAUGUGGAGUCGACUGGGCGAGGCGACCCUGAUGAACAGGAUCAAGAGCCACCCGGACGUGGGCGAGAGAUGGUAUCCUGAGCUGUUGAAGAAGAUCCGCGCAGACCAGGCGGACGAAGCAGCCAAGUUUGCCGCCGCCGAGGCUGCAGCGAGCAAGUCGACGUCGAUCCCAGCGCAGCCGCAAUCUAUACAAGCGCAUUAGCGGGACAGAGUAGAGACAAAUAAAAAUGUAGAAUUGGAAGGAGCCAAGAUUGAGUUGUAUCCCCUGCCUCUCGCAACUAUCACUUCUUGAUAAACCCGCGACACAUCAGCGGAAGUCUUGACCCCAGGUAGUGAUACUCAAGUCACAACUAGCUCGAAUAUUUAUAUCUCAUCUCGACGAAG